UCGAAAGAUACUUCUUUUUUCCCCUUUUAGGUCUCUCUUUCUCUCUCUCUUUCAUUAUUAGUGGGAGACUGUAAGAAGAGAAUAAACGUUUUUAAGCAAAAAAGAUAUGGCAUUUGAUCUCCUUCCGCCGUGGAAUUUAUAGUUAUAUCAAAAGAUUCAAAACAACUUCCCUCUUAUCUCUGUUCCUUCUUUCAAUUAGGAUUAUUGGGUUUCAUACUUUCAAUUUGAAUAAUGGAAGUGUCCAAAUUUCAACUAAAAUAAUGGGUUUUCCAUUCUGAUUCUGCAACUUUACACCAUAUCUUCCAUCCCACCACAUCCCCUCUCUCUCUCUCUCUCUCUCUCUCUCUCCAUUUAUUUCCUCUGUCGAAUCUUACCCACUCCAUAACCAGUAAAGGCUAUGGAAACCCACCUCCCUCUUCUCUGCCCCUUCUCACUUCUACACUCUGCUUCUCACUGCCGCUGCCAUAGCCUUCAACGCAUAGCUUAGCCCUUAAGGGCACUCCAGAUUCUUCAACCCUCAUAUGUGUUUUGUUCAUGAUGAUGAGAUGAAAUCCCUGUUUUUCUGGAAGGAAAAAGAGUGAUUCUUUGUUUUUGGAAGCCUCUGGUUCUUUACUUUCAGCGCUAUUCAUCCAAACAUGGAAACUUUAAAUUUAAACCUUGAAGCUGCAAAAGACUCAGAGCCCAGCAGCAGUCAAGAAGCAAAUCCUGAUCACUCCAACACUGCCACUACCACUUCUUCCUGUUCACCAAGUUUGAGUAAAGUAGUCGUUGCUGAUACAAGUCCCCUUUCACUUGAUUUGACACUGCAGUUUAACUCCAACGAUAUCGAUUCAAAGGGGGAUGGCGAGAUCAAUGGGGAAACAAGCAGUAACAAAUCUCCAUCUUCAACAAUACCAAGAGUUUUCUCUUGCAAUUACUGUCGACGCAAGUUCUUUAGCUCGCAAGCACUUGGUGGGCAUCAGAAUGCACACAAAAGGGAAAGGACAAUGGCUAAACGUGUGACACGGAUGGGAAUGUUCUUCGACAGAUACGGUAGCUUGGCUUCUCUGCCACUCCAUGGCUCAGCUCUUAGAUCCCUUGGCAUUGAAGCUCACGGUGCUCUACACCAAACAGUUGUAGCUUCAGAUCAGAGGCCUUAUCCUGGUAGGAGUAUCGGAGCAAAGUUCGAGCAAAGCUCUUUUGGGUUCCCAACAUUCAUCGAGGACUACGAUGAUGAUGUAGGGAUGUUUUGGCCCGGAAGUUUUAGGCAGGUGGCUGCCAAAGUUGAUAGCAGCUUAGGUCCUUUGAAAACCCCAGUUCAAAAUUCAAAUCCAGAGUUUGGGAAAACAAUGCCUCCACCAAGAACAGGAGCAACAUCAUCACCUGAUCUCACUUUGAGGCUUUAUAACCUAUAGUUGGCAUUUGAACAAGACAAUUUGCAAACAGAGCUUCUAAUGUAGCAGUUGAUCCUGAUUGUGACAGCAUUUUGUUGGAGUGUUGAUGUCUUUUUUGAUUGAUGUGUUAGAGAGAAUUCAAACUACUGUUAUGUAACGUGAAAUUGAGUUGAAGAAUUUGAUGAGAAAUGGAAAUGACAGCAUAUCCCUACUGUUGAUGAUAUAACGACCCGAUAAUCUCCCUCGUACCUAUUGGAAUUUAAGUUGGAUAUCAUCAUCAUCUUAAGCUGUAAUAUAUAAAUUGUAGGUCUAAUCUAUAAGUUUUUUCUUUAUACACUCUGGAAAAUAUUGUUCUAUAUUUAUAGACACAUGUUGUAUACAUGUGUACACGUACGUUAAGGAAUCGAAUACGUUUGAUUAUAGUCAAGUUUAA